ACAGACCCGCGAUGUCCACCUUUAAAAAGCCUCAAACAGCAGGUUCAGAAAGGCCCUCCAGACCCAGAUCUCAGAACAGGCCUUCCUCUAUCCCUUCAAAGAAACCACCUCAAGUGGACCUCUUAGCCAAAGAAGAGGAAUACAAGCGUCUCAAUGCAGAGCUAGAGGCAAAAACGGCAGAACUUGUGCGGGAAGCAGAAAAAGUAAUGAGGGAACAAAAUGAGGUGCUCUCAAAGCCAAUCUCUUCCCACCUCUCCACUGACAUUGAGUGUGAUUUUGUGGUUUCAGGGAAGGUAGAUCUAAAACAAACACACACUUCAAAGCAGCCUACCACAAAGGCAUUGAGAAAUAAGACCUCUGCAAAGCCAAACAAGCCAGGCUCAGGAAGCAAGAAUAAUUUUCAAAAAGUAUCACAGACUGUGGUUGAUGAUGUUGCCAUUCCUGAAGACUUUGGGGAUUUCUCACUAGCUAAGACAAUUAGCAUAAUUGAGGACAAAAUGAGUGAUGAUGUUACGGAGGAACACUUGCAGGAUGACAUUAUGCCAAGUGCUGGGGAUGAAAUGGGUGCAGGUAGGUUAAAGAAGGCUCAAAUUAGGUUUUUGAAGGCAAAACUUCGAGUAAUGCAGGAGGAAUUAAACAGACUGUCAUUUGAAUGCAACAAGAAGGAUGAUGAAAACAGUACUUUAAACAGCAAACUGAAGGAAAUGGAGGAGGAACGGACAAGACUGCAGAGGACCACAAAUGUCCAGCAGACUCAGAUUGAGAAGCAAAGGGCUUUUGCUGAAGAAUCCAAGAGAAAGUGUGAGGGUCUGCAACAGCAAGUGGCAGUACUACAUAAGGAGUUGGAAGGCAUGAAGAGGGCCCAUAAGCAGGCAGCCAGCACCCACAGUGCUACAGAGGUGCGGUUGAAUAGAGCUCUGGAGGAGGUUGAGAAGACCAAAGCUCAACUUAACAAACUCAAACAGAGCAGUAAGGAUUCAACCUGUCAGGAGCAGCAAAGGAUUGAAAGCUUACAAGCUGAGAACAGAAAACUGGAAAGACAAAAGGCUGAGCUCAUCACGGGUUUUAAGAAGCAACUUAAGCUAAUAGAUAUUUUAAAAAGACAGAAGAUGCAUUUUGAAGCGGCCAAGAUGUUGUCCUUCACCGAAGAGGAGUUUAUGAAAGCUUUGGAUUGGGGAAAUAACAGUGUCUCAUAGGUUUCUAUAUUGUAUAGCUUGUACAAAAUUUAAAAAUAGAGAACUUUGUG